CGUACACAGUACGGGCCACGUUACAACACUCUAUCCUCUUGUGCACUCGUUGCGUUCGACUAACCAUCGAAAUUUCAAACAAACUCAGUUCGUAUCGAGUAACGUUCCUCGCGAGUGACACCAGCUCGUAAUUCACCACAAACAUUCCUAAGUAAACGGAAACAGUGUGUGACAUUUGUGUUGGAAACUACGUACCAACACCAAAAAGGAAACUUUGGAAAAACCAACAACGUUCUACAAAGUGGACAGAAGCAGAAAAAGCAGAAACGGAAGAUCACGAUUAUAACCGAGAGUCGUCGUCGUCGUCGUCGUCGUCGUCGUCGUCGUUGCCGCCGCUAUCUCGCGCGCUCACUUUGCUGGGUUGGUUCGAUCGAUAAAUACACGGGGGUGCGUGCACUGGCGUCUGUCUGAUAAGCGUCCGUACCUUUCAAAGGUGUGCCUGAUCGAAUUAAUCGACGACCCACAUCUUUUUUUAACGCACACUCGCCUGUUUGUGUGUGUGUGUGUGCCGUCGUCCGGACAGCAAGGUACUCGCGCGCGCGCGCGCGUGUCCACGUCGAGGAGAAUCGACCAGAAGAGGGGAAAAAAAAACAUAACGCGGAACGACAUGAAGGCGAUGGUGGUGAGCCCGGUGGGCGGUAGAGUACCGCCAAGUCGAGGUGUCCUGCACAAUAGCUUAGGGAUCAACGGAACCCGUCGGGACUUAGAAGCGGAAGAAGUGGCAGCUUAUUUGACCAAGUUACGUUCGUUGGUACCCGACAUGCCGAGGAAACGGAAGUUGUCGAAGCUCGAAGUGAUCCAAAGGGUGAUCGAAUAUAUCUGUGAUCUUCAAACAACAUUGGAGGAGACGAACGUACACCACGAGUCCAGCGUGACGAAAACAACGCAGAGGCAACCUUUGCAACCGUUGUUGAACGCAACGACGACCAUCCCUACGACGACAACCACGUCGACGACCACCACGAUGACAGGGAUGAUCGCAGAACGGUGACCUGUGUCAGGGAAUCAGCUCCAGUGAGGUCCAGGUCGCUGCGAGCUUCUUGUCCUCGUGUGCUGACGGGUUGACCUCCGUGUUUCAACGUCACGGGACUGUUCGAGUCUUCUUCGGGGAGUUGAAUCGAGAGAACUCGGGCUCUUUGUGCAGCAACGCUUCGCGACACUCGAUGGACGUUGCUGCCUGUGCUUUCGUUUCCUCGUCCUCGAUUGUACAGAGAUUUCUUGAAGAUUUGAAGGUUCGUCCAGGAUUUGGGAAAGGAAGGUUUCGAUGAUCCUUCUCCUCCUGGUGGUGGUGGUGGUCAGGUAUGAACGAGAAGAAUAGGAGUUUCCCGGCAUUGUCAAGGGAGAAAUGUGGAGGCUGGCAUCGGGAAAAAAAGGAUGGAUGCGUUUUAAACAUCUCGAGGAAGCGGCGGCAGCGGCGAUAAUUGAGGCGCCCCUGUGAAGGGAAGAAUGAAAAGGAAGAAGGACGACGAAACAGGGCCUCCACGGCCGAUCUUAACUUCUUUCUUCGUAGAAAGAUGUAAAUAGUUGUACAUAAAACUCACCGCAUUCCUCGCACGAUUCCUCUUCUCAUCUUAAUCGACUCACUUCUUUUUAUCCCCUCUUACAACUCUCCUCCCCUUACUCUAUUCCCAAC